AUGUCUUCCCCUGUUACCCCGGAUAUCUCCCCUCCUCCUCCCCGAUGGCCCACCAUGAAACCGGCAGACAAGCACUUUCGCUGCAAUAUCUGUCAGCGGGGAUUCACGCGCAUUGAUCAUUUGAAACGCCACCAUUUGCGCCACUCCGGCCAGAAACCCUAUUCGUGCAUUUUUUGUAACGACUGUUUCGCGCGCUGCGACAACCUUCGCGACCAUUACAGCGAUUGCGCCAGACGUGGAGACCGCGAAAUUCCCGAGACCGGUCAGAGAGGUCGGCGGCGACAUGCUUGUCAAUCGUGCACCUCGAUGAAACUGCGAUGCGAUGGACAAAGCCCUUGUGGAUCUUGUCAGAAGAGAAACAUAUUGUGCAACAAUGAGCGAACGGCAGGCCAAAGCCGAUAUGGGACCGAAGAAGGUACAAUACAAUUCGCUUUGAUCGCAGGUCAACGGAAAGCUCAUAUAGGCGAUACAGAUACACCGGUCAAAUCUGAGAUCUACCAGCAACCGUCAUCUGACCGAGGCUCAAUCAAGUUCCUACUGAAUGGCGGUACCGACAGCUUUACGGAGACCUUUCGGCUUCCUCCACGCGAUCGUGGGCUCAGUCUGAACUAUCACAACUCCACUGGCUUAGGGGCAGUGCAGCGUACAGAACUACCAUACAACAUCGAUAGCGCCCAGGCAGAAUUCAGCGCAGGAUUCCUCAAUCCUGAACAGGUCACCCCACCAAGCUUUCAGGACAACUUCCUGGAUUUUUUCAAUGGCCCAUUUGGCGACGGACAGAGACCAAUCGAGGGUCACUAUCAGACCAAUGAACUAGCCUAUCAGGCUGUCAUCCCUCCAGUACAGGAUCCUAGUCUCGCAUUAUCCGGUGAACCACCCAUCUUUGAACCAGAGCGGCCUUUCGGAAUAGCCUUAAUUCAAUUACUAUUGGCACGAGUGUGGCAGGCCCCACUUGAGCCUAAAUCCCAGGAGGAUAUCGCGGUGAAUAUCAACUUUCUGCUGACGACUGCACGCAUACGGAAAUACAUAACCCUAUAUCUCAAACAUUGGCAGCCUAGCUGUCCAAUCCUUGCGACCCCUUUCGAUCCUGAGGCAGUCCCUUUGCCACUACUUGCCGCGGUGGCUUUCAUGGGCGCGAUGUACAGCAACGACCAAAGGGAAACAUACGCUGCCAAGAGAGUGCUAGAUUUCGCAGAGUUGUUUAUCUUUUCGAACGACGUCUUCUCGGCAGAGAGUGAGAUAUGCGCAAAUUUCUCGGGGAGUCGAUACUGUGACGAGGACCCUACUGAUUGGGUCAGAUUCCAGAACUUUCAGGCCGGGUUCAUCAUUCUCCUCGUCCAGUACUGGUCAGGACCUCCCUUAUCCCGAAAUCGCGCCAUGGAAAGUCGGUUCAAUCAGGUCGUGAAGGUUGCCCGACGAAUGGAUCUUGCAAAAUCCCGUCAUCUUCCCAGUGAUCAGAUCCUUGAGCACCUGUGGAUUCAAAAGGAAUGUCGGAUUAGGACUAUUUCUGUCAUCACCCUGCUUGAUUGCGCAUUUUAUUUCUAUCAAAACUACCCCCGCCGCCUGACACUAACAGAACUGGAAUGCGACCUUCCUUGUGCUGAGUCGCUUUUCCGCUCGGACCAUCCAUUCGCGGAGCCAGGCUUCCGCUUUUCACGCGGCAUCCAGCUCUCCGAGGCUUUUGAUAAUUUAUUCAAAGAUACACCUGAGUCUCCUCCCAUGGACUUGACCACCCUGGAUAUGUUUAUUUUGAUACACCUUCUCUACUCAUUCAUCAAUACCCAUAUGACGCUCCUUGGACCAUUCAUACGCAAGCAUCAUAUCAGACAGUCCAGCCAACCCUCCGAGAAUGACACGUCCAAGUCCGCUGGCAUCCCUGAAGAUUCUAUUCUCGCUGCCAUUCGGAUUGCCUUAGCCCGCUGGCGCGAUUACUGGACUGCGCUGCGCAGCCGAGUAUCAGGUGAUGAGUGGGCCUCGAUGGGCUUCUUCAAGAACGGGUAUAACUUUUGGCUGGUGUCACAAUUGUUAAUAACCAAACCAGAUGCCGUUGAUGUGGUUAUGCAGAUGGAAGUGCCUUGCGAUGACAAGUUGGAGAAGCUGAAGGUGCUGUUGCUUGACGACCGAGAAGAUGUAUCAUGA